AAACACGCCAUGGAUAUGACAUGGUUUUCCUGCGCCACCUAUCGUCGUAUCGUGUGCUACACCUGGGGGGUGGAAGUUACCUCAUUCUCCCUCGGGCUACAGUACGGGUGCAGUGAUGCCUCAGAAUGGUAUGAACUACGUGGGCAGAAGAGGAGGAACGCGUCACAACACCUGGAAAGCCAGCAGUCAGGUCCCAAGCACAGGUUGGGUUAAUGGAGCCAUUGUUCACAAUGGCUACCCGGCUGCUGCUACAGGAACCAGUGAGACGACACCAGCUGGCACACUGAAUGGUACCAAACCACAGUGCAUGGUUAAUGGUUAUAUUAACCAUGGGUACAAGGGCAAGAGUACAAGAGCUGCACCCCCAAGAACCCCCAGGAAACAAGGAAGCACGAUUUCAGCUGUCACUGAUGCCUCAGCAGCUGGCAGGGGUCGCAGUGCGAGAACUCCAGGUGGUAUCUCAGUGGAAGGGCCCACCAGUCUAGACACUGUUGCUUCGCCAUGUAAUUCUGACCGAACUGCACCACGACCCAGCAGGUCAACAGCAUCAAGGAACCCAAGAAGAAGAGAGAAAUUUAGAAGGAAGAAGAGAGACACUGAAGUCCUCUGGCCGGAGGUGCCACUACCGAUGCCACAACAAGAGGCAGAGGACUGGGAAAAAGAGACCCAAGAGGUCACACUGACUGACUGGGAAGAGAACUGUUUUGAUGUCACACCCUACGGUCCACAAGAUGCGAUCCCUUGUUCUUCGAGGGACUUGACACUCAAGCAAAUGGACACAGUUGGCCUGCCAGUGACAGCCAAUUACACACCAGCCAUACACCACCCACUCCCCAUCAAGUGGUCCCCCUACAGCAUUCCCACUGAGCCUGACCAGUUUGCAGACGCUGACGAGUAAGCCAGACGUGCUGUUGCGUUAGAGGAUUAGUAGAAAUCAAUGUUCACAUAGAAAAAAGAAACUGAAGAGUUCUGCAGUGAAUCUAGUUAGCCCUUCUUGACAUUGUUCAGAUUUGGGGAUCCUGGAAAGUACCCAUGCUUAGAAUAUUUGUUUAGUCUGCAUCUGUGUUAUUUACCUCAUCUAAUACAUUAGUGGAAGGAAUUAAAUUUAAAACGUACUCUAGGUUAGCGUUAAUGCAAAGCUUUAAAAUCAAAUAGGUUAAUGUUGUCAUAGGCCAAAGAUUGUAUG